ACUCCAGCUUGCACGCCGGCCAUGCGUCUUGUACGCGACGCCGAACCCCGAACACAACAGCAUAAGUAGUCGCGAGCAUGGACCACAAAUUUGGUUGUAUCGUUAACUGACUGACUCUCCAGGGCUCGGUGAUCGAUCAAUAGACAAUCAGCUACAGAGUGUGGUCGCAAGAUGAGUUUUCAUAGAGAAUUCGUGAUUGCUUUGUGCGUGUAUUCACUGCUGGGCGUAUUGGCUGCUGCUGCUGCUGCUGCUCCUGGUGGGAAAGAUGACCUUGAUGUUGGAGGUCUCAAUAUAGAUUACAUGUACAGGCCUGGUAACGAGUCCACCGUGUUGGACAAGGAGCUCACGCAGAUUGCUUUGAACCUCGAGUACCUCGAGGCUGAGUAUUUCUUGUGGGGAGCUUAUGGCUUUGGGCAUGAUGUGGUGGCCCCUUACUUGGUUGAUGGCGGCCCUCCCCCCAUCGGUGCACAGAAGGCCAAUUUGGACCCAUACUAUACUGAUCUGUUUAUCCAGAUGGGGCUUCAGGAAGUGGGACACAUCAGCCUUCCUAUCGGACACUACGGUGUUCACUUUCACACCGUGCGCAUUUCCCGUACUUUGCUGGACGUGAGCAAGAUGGUAUGGGCCGAGUUCAUGGACAAGGCAUUCCUAACGACCUUUGGAACGAAAUUGAUCCCUCCCUUCGAUCCCCAUGCAGAUAGCUUGAAGUACCUAGUCUCCACUUACGCCAUUCCCCAUGUCGGGUUGACAGGAUACGUCGGCACCAACCCAUUGCUCUUCGGUUACAAUGCUAAGAUGCUUGUGGCCAAGUUGUUAGCAGUGGAAUCUAGCCAAGACGCCAUCAUCCGUGAUGAAAUGUACUGUCAGAAGAAUUUGAUAGUUGUACCAUACCGGUACAUCGUGGCGGAUUUCAGCAUCGCCAUCUCCACGUUGAGGAACGACCUGUCCCACGUGUUUGUCGAUGAAGGCUUAGUAGUGCCGCCGGCCAUGGGUGCCGAGUCGAUGGUAUCUGGCAACGUCCUAAGUGUAAUAACAUCCAUCCCUACUUAUCAUCUACUCUAGAUGAUCAUGACAUAGACGAACUGAAAUCCAGACUUAGCACCAAACUCUCAGGAACUAAACUCUUGUGCUUAAGACUGCGAGUUUACAGUCGCAAAUAUGCAAGUAAGUUCAAUAUUUGGUUUUUCUGAAAUCUCUGUUUUAUUCUUUUCCUCAUGGUAUCAGAGCGGAAGUU